AUGGCUCGUUCUCGGCAGCCAACUCGAUUCUCGAGCGAAGCUCCUUCCGAAUCAUCCUCGUCGACCUCGCCUGAACGUGCUGCAGACGAUGAUACCGAUUUCUUCACACUCCAAGCCAACGAUUCACAGUCAUCGAUCGGCGCUGGGAAUCCUCGUGAUUCACACAUCCAGAAUGAUCCAGAGACCGUAUUGCCACCGAUCGCCUACCUUCCACCAGAAAUUCUCAUAUCCAUAUUCUCGAAACUAAGUUCUCCGAGAGAUCUGUUGAGUUGUCUGCUGGUAUGUCGUAUAUGGGCGUUGAACUGUGUCGGUCUUCUUUGGCAUCGGCCGUCAUGCAACAACUGGGACAACUUGAAGAAAAUCGCGGCUGCUGUGGGAGAAGAAGACAGCUUCUUCCUCUAUUCAAGUCUCAUUAAGCGGCUGAAUCUUUCCGCUCUUACAGAAGACGUCAGCGACGGGACCGUCGUUCCAUUUUCCCAGUGCAACCGGAUCGAGCGUCUCACAUUGACAAACUGCCGCAAACUCACUGACAUUGGCGUAUCCGAUCUGGUUGUCGGCAGUCGUCAUUUGCAGGCCCUGGACGUCUCGGAACUACGGUCUCUUACCGACCAUACUCUUUUCAAAGUGGCGGAAAAUUGCAACCGUUUGCAGGGUCUCAACAUCACUGGAUGUGUGAAAGUGACAGAUGAUUCGUUGAUUGCUGUUUCGCAGAACUGUAGGCUUCUCAAAAGACUGAAAUUGAAUGGAGUGUCCCAAGUCACCGAUAAAGCGAUCCUGUCCUUCGCUCAGAACUGCCCAUCUAUCCUUGAGAUCGAUCUUCAGGAAUGCAAACUCGUUACAAACCAGUCAGUGACGGCUCUUAUGACAACGCUACAAAAUCUCCGUGAACUACGACUCGCGCACUGCACAGAGAUAGAUGAUUCUGCUUUCCUGGACCUUCCAAGACAUAUUCAAAUGACUAGUCUUCGCAUUCUUGAUCUGACUGCGUGCGAGAAUAUCAGAGAUGAAGCCGUUGAACGAAUCGUUAGUUCGGCACCGCGGUUGCGGAACCUUGUACUCGCGAAGUGCAAGUUCAUUACCGAUCGUGCCGUUUGGGCCAUUUGUAAAUUAGGGAAGAACCUACACUAUGUUCAUUUGGGCCACUGCUCCAACAUCAACGAUAGUGCAGUGAUUCAAUUGGUCAAAUCUUGCAACCGAAUCCGAUACAUCGAUCUUGCAUGUUGCAGCCGCCUGACGGACAGGAGUGUACAGCAACUGGCAACUCUUCCGAAACUAAGGAGAAUUGGCCUGGUCAAAUGCCAGUUGAUUACAGAUGCUAGUAUAUUAGCACUUGCGCGGCCGGCCCAGGAUCACUCGGUGCCAUGCAGCAGCCUGGAAAGAGUGCAUUUGAGUUAUUGCGUCAACCUCACCAUGGUUGGCAUCCAUGCUUUACUCAACAGCUGUCCUCGUCUGACGCACCUAAGCCUUACCGGAGUCGCAGCAUUCUUGCGGGAGGAACUAACGGUAUUUUGCCGUGAGGCUCCCCCCGAGUUCACCCGACAGCAGCGCGAGGUCUUCUGUGUUUUCAGCGGUGAAGGCGUCAACCGCCUUCGCAACCAUCUGAACCGAGAAGCUGCACCCCAGCGGGAUGCGAACGAGGCCACCAUGUACGAUGAUGAAGAAGAACUGGAUGAAGACGAGGGCCAAGUGACUGGCCUCAUGCAUGCCGCUGCGAUUAACGAUGACGACUACAUUAACAUCACACCUCCUCAUGCUUGAUACCCCUACAAACUGCUUCCAGCGUGUGACUUUUUCGUCGGUAUUGUUUCUCAUCCGUUCUCUAGCAUGAUUUAUCUUUCCCAAGUCUGUUCAGCAUGUCUUAUUAUCAUGGUUGUUAUCUCUAUUUCUGGUUGGAUUUUAGCCGGAACAAGCAUCGCCUUCUUCAACUGGCGCUUUCCUGUUAUCUGGUUAUUGCAUUGGUAGCGGUUACACGGGGUCUCCUAUCUUACUUAUUAUCAUUUGUCAGCCGUGAGUAUAUUGUUGACGAUGGCACAUAUGAAGAUUCUAUACUGGAAACUGGCUGGCCACCGACAAGUGGUUGCAAGUAGACAUCCAUCGGUAUCCCAUUU